AAAAACCAAAUGUUAAUAAGAUUUCUAGACAUCAUUCAUUACCAAAAGUAUCUUCAAGUAGUUUUUUUUUCCAAAUUUUUGUUUUAUGUACGUUUUUUAUAAAGCAGUCGUUGGUUCCAAUACAUUAUAUAACACAUGAAAUCAAGGAAGGAUAUCCUACUCGACAUACAAUCCAUGCAUGUCGAUCAACUAAUCGAUUGUUUGAAGUCAAUCAAGUAAAGUUAACACCAUAAGAUAUACAUAUAUAUAUAUGUGAUGAUUUUACAAGAAGAAAAUCUGCAUAGGACACUUGUUUUUCGAUAUUUUGAUCUAGAUAAUUAUUACCUGUUGUAGAAAAUGAAUUCAAUGUUUUAUUUUCUAUAUAGAUUCAAUCAACUGAUGGAACAAAUAUAAAAGGACCUUUGAAAUAUUUAAGAAAGAACACCUUAGCUAUCACAAUAGUACCUCGUCAACAAUCAAAAGAAUGGAAGCAAAGUCAUAGUGUCACAUCAUCGACAAUACAAGCUACUAUUGAAUCUUCAUCACUCAAUAAAGUUGAAAGUACAACAACAACUACAACAAUAUGUGGUUCUUCAUGUCUCAAUCAAUCAUGGAUUGAUUCUUCAGGUGUUAUUGCUUUUUGGCAAUUCGAAAACUCAUUUGAAGAUUCUACUAAUGUUUAUAAUGGAACUUCAUCUUCACAAGCUCCUACAUUUGUUCAAGGAUAUGUUGGUCAAGCAGCUUCAUUUAAUGCAAGUCUCAAGACUUCCAUUUAUACAUCAUUUAUUCCAUUAAAUAAUAUUAGUUUUACUGUUGAUGCAUGGAUUAAACAAAAUGCUGAACCAAAUCCAACAGAUUACAGUAUAGUUGGUUUGUGUCCAUCAUCAACAACUGAUAAUUGUCUUCAUAUCAAUAUUCGUAGUAAAAAAUAUUAUUUUGCAUUCUAUUCUGAUGAUCUGCAGAGUGUAACAACAGCAUCUUUGAAUCAAUGGACACAUGUUGCAUUUGUAUUUUAUGCCAGUACUCGUAAACAAAUGAUUUAUAUUAAUGGAGUGCUCGAUCAAAGCAGAACUGCAUCAAGUGUCUUAAAAGCUAGCUCAGGCAACUUUACUAUUGGUACUAAUCUACGUGUAAGAACUCCAAAUAAUUCAUUUCAGGGUUACAUUGAUCAAUUAUCAAUAAAUGGACGUGUAAAGUCUUCUUGUGAAAUUCUUGAAAUAGCAACACUAUCUGGUCAUUUCAAGUUCGAUGUUGCUUCACCAUUAAGUGAUUCUGGACCUAAUUCAAUAACAAGUAUAGCUUCAAAUUAUUUGAUUAUCUCUGGUCAUAAGAAUCAAGCUAUAUCAUUUUCUGGUGCAUCUACUUCUUAUUAUCAAGUAUCAAAUGUGGCUUCGUUUGGUACAACUAAUCAAUCAUUUUCAAUUUCAUUUUGGAUUCAACCUCAAAUUCUAU